AUAUAUAUAUAUAUAUAUAUAUAGAUUGCAGACUGACUAUAUAUAUAAAAGCAAAAAGUUCCUUUACACAACUUCAAGUUCCACCUCCAAUUCUAGCUUCCUCCCCAAAAGUUCCUUAACUUGUUUUUCUUCUAAAUUUCUUACAAACAAAAAUCUACUCUUUUUACAUGAAAGAAUAUCAAGAAGGCAUGGAAUGCAGGAAAUUUGAGAUAACACUUUUAUCAGCCAAUGAUUUAGAAGAUGUUCGGAAACUCUUCAAGAUGAAAGUUUACUUAAGGGUUUCCAUCGGAAGCAACCCGGAGACGGAGAAGUGGACGCCGCACGACAAACACGGCGAAGUCAAUCCGGCGUGGAAUUUCACUUUGAAGUUCACAAUCAGUGAAACCAUGUUACAGAAUUAUAACAACAUGCUGGUGAUCAAAUUGUACUGCAAGAGAAAAUUAGGUGACAGGUACAUUGGAGAAGUUCACACUUCAAUGAAAGAUUUGUUUGAUUAUUCAAAACCACUUGGAGGAAGUGCUGUGGUGACUCAUCCUGUUUACAAGGGAUCUAUUUGUUCUCAAGGAGUUUUGAGAUUUUCUUAUAAAUUUGGUGAGAAGUCUCAUUUCCGGCCAUUCUUAUCAUCAUUUCCUCAUCAAGUUGGACCAUAAAUGUAUGGUCGAUAAAUUGGAGGAAUAUGAAGAGAUGGGAAAGGGAUUUGUGUAUAGAUUUUUCUUUUGGAAAUUUUGAUAGAUGGAUCUACUUCCGUUGUCCCGUAAUAAUUGUCUUAUUCGCAAGACUAGUUUAGUUUCAGAAAGUAAACGAUAGUUUAGAGUUUUAGCUAUGGAUGAUGUUAAGAUUGAAAUGCAAUCAAAUGCAUUUGUCUUUCCAAGCGCGAUCUAGUUGCAUUGUUCUUUGUGCUGGAUAUGUGGAAUGUUUUUUGGUUUUUUCACAAACUAAAGUCAAUCUUGAACGCUUAAUGCCAUAGGUCGAUGUUACAACUUUUUGAAGUAUGACCAUCAUAGGAGAUAAAAGGGAA